AACAUACUCUUUUUUAUUUUGAACCGUCAUAUCGCGCUUAAAAUAAUAAUAAUAAUCGCGCAUAAUAAAACUGGAAAACGCACCUGCCUUAUUCGGUGAAAUUUAUCCAUAGUGUGUUUAUUUGAUGAAAAAUACCUUGUAUAUACAAAAUAAAAAUAAAGAAUAUAAAUGCACAUAUCCAUGUGUUCCGUGUGUGUGUAGCCCUUUGUGAAUAAUAGCUUAUGAGAUACCAUAUUCAGUAAAUUCAAAUAAAACCAAAUACAUUUGUACGUAUGCACAUGUAGCGUAGCAGCUUGUUUUCUGCCGAACGUCUACAUAUGCAAGCCGAACACAGUUUUGUAUAGUUUUAGUACCGCGCAACCAGUUUUUAGCUUAAUAUGCUUGUAUACCUCGCUUGUACAUACAAACAUAUGGACAUAUUCAACAAGUUUCUGCUAAAACUGCAGGGGGCAUAAAGGACUUCAACAAAAAAUACGUACAUGCAUAUGUACAUAUGUUUAAGUGCAGUGCGUUUUAUUUUAAGUGGUCCAAAUUUGUAUUUGUGACAGAUUGCCUUGUGUAAGAAAACUAUACACAAAUACAAGAAGCGAAAGCAAACCAUACAUGUUGAUUGUGUUAAUAAAUUGAUGGUACACUAAAGGACCGUGUAAAAUAACAAUUAGGUGUAUACAAAAAUGUACAUAAACGAAAAGAGGUGCAAAUCAUUUAACGGUAUCAAAAAAUAUUAAAUAAAGAAAAGAAAAAUAUUAAAUAGCAUCUAAACCAGAGAAAACAGAUACAAAAUACGAAAACCACCGAAAAUGGGUGGAGGAAAGGAUAUACGUCGAGGCUUGGAGCCUUUGGAAUUUGAAGAAUGCAUUGUCGAUAGUCCAGAGUUUCGUGACAAUUUAAAUAAACAUGAAAAGGAGCUGGAUCAUACUAGUCACCAGAUAAAGCGAAUCAUCAAAGAGGUCAAAGAUCUUAUGAGUGCGGCAAAAGUACUUUCUACACGAAUGAAACAAUUAGCAAUUUUACUUAACGACUUUAACUUUGAGUGCAUUGGCACCGCACAGACGGAUGAUGAGAAUGUAAUUUGCGAAAGCCUUAGACGUUUUGGUGCAAUUAUUGGUAAUAUUGAAGAUGAGCGCGAGAAAAUGCUUACUUUAGCCGAUAAGCAUAUUAUCGAGUCGCUGGAGGACUUCCGAAAAAAGCAAAUCGGUGGCGUCAAAGAGAACAAGAAGAAGUUCGACAAGAAAACAGAGAAGUUUUGUCAAUCACAGGAACGUUUUCUUAACAUGUCAACCAAAAAGCCCGAAAACACAAUACAGGAGGCCGAUGCCAGUUUGGGUAUGCAUGAGCGCGAAUAUAUCCAGGAGUCCUUAAGCUAUGUUCUGCGUAUACAAGAAGUGCAGGAAAGAAUUAAAUUUGAAUUCGUUGAAAUAUUGCUUGCCUUUAUUUCCGGCUGGUUGGUUUUUUAUCACACAGCUCACGAGCAGGCUGAAGAUCACCGCGAUUACCUGCAGGAUUUAAGGCACAAAGUGCAGAAGACCCGCGAAAAUUUUGAAGAAGCUCGUGAAAAAGUUACUGAACUAAAAACCAAGUACAUGGAAAAGCGCACGAAGCCUGAGGAGUUAUUUACCAAACGUGGUUAUCUAUUUUUAAUGGAAAAAAGUUCCCUUCUGAAAAUCUCAAUUUUAGAGCCUUUUAAAGCAACAUGGACAAAAUACUAUUGCACAUUUAAAAAGCAAAAGCGCGAGUUUACCAUGUUGCAGUUCAAUCAGAUGAAUCACAACUUUACAAAACCUGAGGUACGAGAAGAUGAGAAGCUGACAUUGUUCUCUUGCCAGCGAAGAGCCUCCGAAUUCGAGAAGCGCUUUUGUUUUGAUUUGACGUUUAAGGAGAAACCAGGAAUCGUGUACACAUUUCAAGCUUUGAGCGAGAAAGACUACCGCUCCUGGCUAAGUGCAAUGGAUGGGACUGAGCCGGCAUUUCUCGCACCCGGUAAGAUAAAGGGUAACGAAGCAUAUCAACUAGACGAAACCGGCUUCAUAUUUGUUCGCCGAUGCAUUAACGUACUAGAAAGUCGUGGCCUUGAAGACGAAGGUAUUUAUCGUAAGAGUGGCGUGGGUACCAAAAUUACCAAGCUUUUAGCACUGGGUAUGAACCGAAAGGAUACAGAAGAUGUUUUUAUCGAAGAAAAAUAUCGGGAGCUAAUGGAAAGCAAUACAAUUGCUAGCGCUCUCAAAAUGUAUCUUCGGAAUUUGAGUGAGCCGCUGAUGACUUAUCACUAUCAUACUCAUUUCAUUGAAGCCGCCAAACAAGAAGGCCUCAAUCAGCGAAUAAAUGAAGUCCAUAAACUAGUCUACAAGUUACCACAGCCUAAUUUUGAGAUGCUUGACAUGGUUAUUAAGCAUUUAACCGAGGUUUCGCGAAAGUACGACAAGAACAAAAUGUCUGUAUUUAACCUUGGUGUAGUAUUUGGACCAACAUUGUUACGUCCGCUUGAAGAGACUGUUGCUGCCAUACUGGACAUUAAGUUCAACAAUAUUGUUAUUAACAUACUUAUCGAUAACUACGAGCGGAUCUUCAGGAAUGACCCAAGCAGUGAUGUGAUGGUGCCUGACAUAACGUCUGCACCAAGUAAAAUAUACCACAGUAGCAGCAGUCCACCAAUGCGUAUGCCCCGCGCUUCUCAAACAGGCAAGGCAAUUUCUACUGGUGGUGUGGGAGGCACUACCGGACGUAGCCCUAUAUACUCCCCACAGCAAAAGAUUUAUAAUUUGGCCAACAAAUCAAAUUGCGGAGAACCAAUCAACUCAUCCAGUGUACAAAAUAUUCCAAACAACAUGAGCUUUGCCACCAAUAGCAAUAGUGCCAAUAGCAGUACACCUCCAGGGGGAUCGAUCGGAAUUGGUGGGACCGACGGUAGCGGCUGCUCGGUUGCCCCUAUGCAUGUUUCAAAUGGUGUUCGGGCAACCACAACAGGCAGCAUCAAAAACCUUCACACAUUAACACUAAGCGAUAUAAGUUCACGCCGGCUGACUGGCAGCUCCGGAUGUACCACUAGCGAAGGUGUGACUUUGCAGGCUCAUCAUACGACACUCACAAACAGUAUCAGUAAUUUACGACAUCCAGAUUACGUAUUGGCAACGGUCACUCCGGUAUCGCAAUCAGUAUCUAAUAGCCACAUCUAUACGAACAUUUCCAGUGUUAGUGCCAAUUCUAGCAACCUUUUGAGUAUGAACAAUGCAUCUCCGCCUACCGCAAUUCGGAAGGAACGUUUAAUGGGUAGCGGGGGAGGCAAUGCUGCCAAUGGACCACAACAGCAUCCCCCUGUUCAGCUCAGCCAUUUUGUUUACGGUCAUAGUAAACACUAUUCUCCAUUGAUGGCCGCGUCCACGUCGAGCUCCAAUGAGAGCAUGUGUGACUCACUUUCUUCAAAUAAUGGAAAGGGUACCGCGAUCGUAUCAAACACCAGUAGCAUAAACAUAGGACAUCAUUUGAAUACGAAAAACUUAAAUGAAUAUACGCCAUUUACGUCGCAGACGUCAUUAAUGCCUACACAACUCGGAGCCGCGACCGCGGCUCCAUCCAUUAUAGGGGGCAACUUAAUGGGAGCUAAUAUGAGCGGUGGUGGAUCAACCAAUGAAAGCUUUGACUAUCCGCCAACUAAAAUGCAUCGUAAUCGCGACAUUAACCAAAUAAAACGGGACCUGUCCACAGGAACGGCACGCGUGCGGACACUAUAUGCUUGCAUGGGAGAAAGCGAAGGGGAACUAUCCUUUGAGCCGAAUCAAAUAAUAACUAAUGUGCGCUUUUCACAUGAGCCUGGAUGGUUGCAGGGUACACUGAACGGUAAGACAGGACUCAUUCCGGAGAACUAUGUGGAACAUUUGAAGCCAUACAAUUAAAUCAUGUGAUUAAAGCGAUUCUUCUGCUUUUAGCGUAUGUCUGUAAGCAGCGCUAUGAUUAUAUUGAUUUCCGCAUCUGCCGAUGAUAAAGUAGAAGUAGGAUGAAAUUCAACAACAAAAAUAUAUUGCUUGUACACAAAUUUUUUGUAUCUAUACGUUUUUAACUAUCAGCAAAGAUUUACUGACUUACUGCUUUACGCUUCCAUUUGUUGCUUAAUUGUAAUGAAAUAAUUGUAACAAAUUUACAAAAAAUGUAUGUUUAUAAAUAUUACAACAUUUUACGGCUUAUAAAAUAUUAAAACUACGAGAAUAAAAAAGGGGCUAAAAAGGGUAAAAUGUUCGACCAUGUUAUGUAAACCACAGAACUAUUUAUUAAAUCCAGACGUAUCCGAAAUUUGUAAAAAAUAGUAUAAGAUUCACUGUGGAAUGAAUUUAUCAGCAUAUCAAAUAUACCAAAAAAUAUAAAGCCAAUACGCAUUUUUACCCUGCAUGACUCUUGUACUAUACCCACCAGAAUAUACAAAAAAUAUAAGGUUAAAACAAAGAAUACAUUAAAGGACGCGGAUUAGCAUUCCAUACACACAAUGAAAAAUAAUGAUAUGCUGAAUCAAAAUAUUUACAUUACACACCAUGAAAACUAAUAAUAUACUGAAUCAAAAUAUGUUUGUUAACAUGUUGCCAAAAAUAAGUGAGUUUAUAUCAAAACUAUAUAUGAUUUACCUAUGAAUCUAGAAUAAAUGACAACUAAGCUUCUUUUGUAAAUGAGCCUUUGUACUUUCAGUAAUUAGCAUGUCUGAAAUUUAAAAAAAUAAAGCCUAAUAUACAGAAUCUUGUA